AUGCAGUCAAGACAAGCACCAGGAGGAUCUUCUAGCUUCUCAUUUGGAUGGGGAAAUGAAGAAGAGAAGAAAGACAACACAACUUCAGUGAAAGUUCAUCACACUCCAGGAGGUGGAUCAAGCCUCGUAUUGGGAGGAGACACGCCAGAAGAGAAACCAGCUGAAACCCCAGAAGCUACUGGAGAGCAAGCUCAAGAGAAAACUGAAGGAGAGGGUGAAGGUGAUAAAGAAGAAGCCAAAGAGCCAGAGGCUGCUGCUGGAGCUACAACUGAAGGAGAGUCUGGAAGUAUUCUCCCAGGAGGAACUGGAUCUUCCCAAGCUCACACCUCAGUCAGGGUACAUGCACCACCAGGAGGAGCUAGCAGCAUUACUUUCUAAUUAGCAGAGAGUCAGGGACUAACCUACCAGGUUUGUAAUUAACUUUGUAUUAAUUGAAC